AUGUGGUGCACAGGAAUCGCAUACAAGGGCAAUAUCUUCGGCCCGGAGGAGGCGCGGAAAACAAUGGAGACCAAUUUUGCCGGCACGCGCGCAGUUUGCGAGCGGCUGGAACGCCUCAUACCAGAUGGAGGCCGCAUUGUUAAUGUUUGCUCCCUGGCCGGCAAGCUGAGCAUUCUGCGCAGCUCAGAGCUGCGCAGCCGCUUUGAAGCUGCGAAGAGUGCUGAGGAGGUUGCCGCGCUCGCUGAGGAAUUCUUGCAAGGAGUUGCCAGCGGCAGCUACUCAAAAGAGGGCUGGCCUGCCAGCAUGUAUGGGGUGAGCAAGCUGUGCGAGGCAACGUACAGCCGAGUGCUUGCAGAGCAGCUCAAGCCGCGCGGCGUCGCUGUCUAUGCCUGUUGUCCCGGGUAUGUGGCCACAGACAUGUCAUCCCACAAAGGACAUAAGACGCCCGAGCAGGGCGCGGAUACCCCCAUGUGGCUGGCUCUGGAUGCUCCAGCUAGCGACAGCGGCAAGUUCUACAGCGACCGCAAGGAGCAGCCGUUCUAG